AUGUCUUUCAUUAAACGUCUCACGAUUCAUUACAAAGAAUUACAAAAAAAUCCAGCUCCCUUAUGUCAUGCCGAACCUGAAGAUUCAGAAAAAAGUAUGUUUCAUUGGACCGGAUGGAUAGAGGGACCAGAAGAUACUCCAUAUUCCGGAGGGAAAUUCCACUUAAUCAUCGAUUUUCCACCUGAGUUUCCUUUCAAACCUCCUACUGUACGAUUCACUACACAGAUUUUCCAUCCCAAUAUUAGUUUAACAGGAGAGAUUUGCUUGGAUAUUCUACAUUCACAAUGGUCGCCUGCUUUAACUAUACGAGGUCUCCUGAUCUCAUUAUGUUCGUUAUUAACCGAUCCUAAUCCAGAACAUGGUCUGAACAAAGAAGCUCUGCAACUCUAUCGAACAAAUCGACAGAUGUACAAUGAAAUAGCGAAUGAAUGGACAAAAAAAUACGCUACAGGGAAGAAAAGUUGA